UACUCUGUUUCAUGUUCUCAGGCCAGCUUAGGAGGAAAACAGAGGUAUGAUGAAGCCAGCUCGUUCUCUCAGCCAGGAAUCAUAGCGGGAGUGACUGUUUCCGCGGCAUUUGUGUUGUUACUAGUUGCUGUAGUUUUUGUCUGUCGACGUCGUAGAUCAAGAAAGAACACUCAUACAAGUACCUCUGAUCAAACCAACCAGAAUACAUGUGCAAUGUCAAGGAAUACGAAGACGAACUCAGAGUUGGAGUUGGAGGAACAAAAUGGUUACGAAGCCUGCCAGGGGCCAUUAAAAUCAAUUUAUGCUUCUAGAUACAAUGUUCCUCAGCAGCAGGUUUUACAAAGACCAUCACGCAACCUAAAGACCGGCUCAUUAGAGGGAAACUCUCAUUUAGACAGUACAUACGCUGCGCUAAAUAUUCCAGGACCCCAUAUCUAUGGGACUGGAAAGGCACAGGAAUCAGUUUACAAACUUCUCCAAGACCCUGAAGUAUCAGGGAAUACGAAGACGAACUCAGAGUUGGAGCUGGAGGAACAGAAUUGUUACGAAGCCUGCAAGGAGCCAUUAACAUCAAUUUAUGCUUCUAGAUAUGAAGCACCUCAGCAGCAGGUUUUACAAAGACCAUCAUGCAACCAAAAGACUAUCUCGUCAGGGUGAAACUCUCGUUCAGACAGUGCGCACGCUGCGCUAUGAUUCCAAAGGGACACAAUAUCUAUGGGCCUGGAAACGCACAGUAACUAGUUUACAACGUUUUCCAAGUAAUUUACUCAAGUAAUUUUUUAAAAUUAUAGCCCUAGUAUAGACCAACCUCUGACUCUCAUAUUAUUAUAUUCCUGCUACACGAUUCUACACAUGAAAAAGUCUCUUUCAGUUUACGACGGAAAUUGUAUGUAAUUCUUUGACUUUUGGGAAAACUACACUUACUUUUAAUAUGGUGACUGAUGUCAGCAGUAAAAAAAAUACUGAUUAACGAUGGUAUCAUGCGAUCGAAAAAGGAGGGAAGUAAACGUAAGCUGAGUUACAUUUUACUUCUGUUCUACAUUAUAUCUAAUCAGAUGAGAAACAAAACUGUUUAAAUUAAACUGUAGCUUACAUGUAUAACUAUACUUCGGUUUAACCCUUUCCAUUGUCAAUCAGCCGACAUACUUUAUAAGUAAUUCAAUUUACAAGUUUCUUUCCAUUUGAAUAAAAUUUCUCCUAUAAAAUGAUUUAGCUCUGG